AUGUCAUUGAACCAAGAAGCAAAGGAGAAAGCUUGGCUAGAAAAUUAUGAAAGGGUGCUUAAUGUGGAAUUUGACUGGGACCCUGAACACCUAACCGAUGAACCACCACUGGAAGGGCCACCUGUCCCAAUCACAAUUGAUAUGGUGAAAAAGGCCAUCUCCAAGACGAAGUCGGGUAAAGCAGCUGGACCAUCAGGAAUAGCAGUGGAGAUGAUCAGAGCCGCAGGUGACACAGGUGUCUCCAUGAUCCGUGACCUUGCAUCUUCAAUCGUCCGGGGGGGGGCGGGGGGCAAGGUCCCCACUAACUGGGAGCAGAGUUUUAUUGUCUGUCUCUACAAGGGCAAGGGUGAUGCUCUGGACAGGAGCAACUACCGGGGACUCAAACGGACAGAACAAGUCAUGAAAGUCCUGGAGAGGAUGUGGACAGCCUCAUUAGGCAUAAACAAACGGUUCUGUAUGGGGUUCGUGAACCUUGAGAAAGCAUUUGACCGUGUUCCUCAGAAGAUGAUCUGGUGGGCAUUGCGAAAACUCAGCGUGGAAGCGUGGAUUGUGCGUCUGGUGCAGGAGAUGUAUGCCAAUGCUCGUAGCUGUGUUCGCAGGUGA